AACCGGUAUGGACACCCCCACCCCCCGCCCCCCUCUUCCUGGUCUGCCAAUAAGAGCAGAGCAGAGAGUCACGCUCAGUGGCCUAAUCUCGUCCUCAGCGCGACGCCACACGGACACUAAAAGAUGGACAAAGUGGCCGACAUGAUCGGAGACAAAGCGGGGGACUUUGUGACGGGCGUGGUUAAGAACAUGCUCGGCGUCAAAAGCAAAGAAGAGGACAAAGGAGGCUUCAAGUCUUUUUUCGGAGGAGACGACAAAAAAGACGAGAAAAAAGACGACGACGACGACGACAAGGGAAGCUUCUUCUCCAGAUUCCUCGACAGAGACGACGACGACAAGAAGCCCAAGCGGUCGGGCUUUGACGGCUUGUUCGCCGAGCAAGGCGCCCCGGGCGGAGGGGCGGGAGGCGGAGCCGGAGGAUUGAGCGACGGAUCCGCUGGCGCAGGACCUGGACCGAGAGGCGAAAUGGGUGACGCAGGACCUGGACCGAGAGGCCAAACGGGUCUGAGUGAUGGAGAUUUGUUUGACGAUCUGAUGGAUGUGGCUGAAGAAACAUCCAGAGGAAACUAGAGCGGCGUGGUGUCCAGAAGAUAUCUUUGAAGGCAACUCAUGAGAUAGUCCAGAACGACUGCGGCUUAGCAACAAGAUGCUCUCCACUCUAACUUGCUCUUUUUGCUGUGAUCUUUCAAAAUUCGGACGUCAAUUUGAACGGACGGAUGGACUCCCGGCUGGCUUUUGUUGAGAACUUCUCCAUUCCAUAAUCGCUUUCUUUUUGAUGUUGAGGCCGCGACACGUCGUAAUACUCAAAUAAUGAAGAGUACCUGUUGACAGUUUGGAGCAAUUUAUUUUCGUGGCCGUUUUUUUUUUUUUUUUUUUUUGCAAA